AUGGAAAGCUUAUGUCAUAUGUGUUGCAGGGACGACGCAGUCGAGCGAGAAAAAGGUUAUUACUUAUUACAUAAUGGGUGCGUGUGCGCCCGGGGCUUGAUAUUGAUGUACCGUUGUUCGAACAGGUUCUACGCAUUGCCGCGCUCCCCUCGCCCCCACGACCUCCCGCUGCCACGCGCGUGCCUCGCACUCAACAUUUACUUUCUACCCAUCAAGGACCUUCCUGGUAAACUCGCCUUCUUAGGCUCCAAUGAUGAAACUGACCCAUCGAUUUCAGUAAUCGGAAACUCCAUUAAAGAUGGAUGA